GCAGCGGCUCUCAGUAAUCAUUGCUACACUGAGACACAGACACACAAGAUCCGCCGGGAUUCCUCCUGAUAUUCAGCAUCACUCGUGCGGUCGGAAUGGAGAUGCUGAAUAAUCGACUGAAAUAAGGAAAAGUCCUCGCAGAGAUCAAGAUGGUGUCGUGGAUCAUUUCGCGGAUGGUGGUCCUGGCCUUCGGGACCCUCUAUCCAGCCUAUUCAUCUUAUAAGGCAGUGAAGACGAAAAACGUCAAGGAGUAUGUGAAAUGGAUGAUGUACUGGAUAGUGUUUGCAUUAUUUACGACAGCAGAGACGAUCACAGAUAUGCUUCUCUCUUGGUUUCCAUUUUAUUUUGAGCUGAAGAUUGCCUUUGUGAUCUGGCUGUUGUCCCCGUACACCAAGGGCUCCAGUGUGCUGUACCGCAAGUUUGUGCACCCCACGCUUUCCAAUAAAGAAAGGGAAAUUGAUGAGUACAUAACCCAGGCUAAAGACCGCAGUUAUGAGACCAUGAUGCGGUUUGGGAAGAGAGGACUCAACAUUGCAGCCACUGCAGCAGUCACAGCAGCCUCAAAGGGUCAGGGUGUGUUAUCAGAGAAGCUGCGCAGUUUCAGCAUGCAGGAUCUGACUCUGAUUCAGAACGAAGACGAGCUGCAGCUGGACAGCACAGACAACACGCACACUGCAGCCACGCUACCUCGGGCUAAAACAGUCACGCGCACAGACAAGUACGGAUUGAAAAAUCAGACCACCAAGACGGUGAAGAAACCGCCAAAGAAGAAAGCCACCACCACGGCCAACAACAAUGCUGAAUCACCAUGAGUCACGCUGCGUUUAUCCAUCCCUGGACAAACACACACAUUCACAUGCUUUCACAUACUAACAUUAGUGCUCUUUGCUUUUAUAGAAAUAUACUGACCCUUGC